CUUCGCUUUCCUCUCUUUUUUAUCUUUCCUAGGGUUUCCGGUGGCGAGCUCCAGGGCGCGGCGGCCGUUCUCUCUCCAGCUCCUUGAAUCCUCGAUGUUAGAGUAAGUGAUCGCCAUUCCCGGCGAAAGAUCCAGCGAUUAGUGACAUAAGCGGCAGCGGCCAGGGAUUCAGUACAGGGAUUUCCAGAUCAUGUCGCCUCCAGGAGCAGCAGGCGCUGCGUGACACGAAUCGGGAUCGGCAGGGCCGGGAAUUCGCCACAGCGGAGAGGAGAUCUGGUCGCCAUGACGUAUUUCCCUCUCAACACUGGCGCGAAGAUUCCAGCCGUGGGUCUCGGGACUUGGCAAUCCGAUGGAGCGUCGUGUAAGCUAGCGGUCCAAACGGCGCUCGAGGUGGGCUACAGGCAUUUGGACUGCGCGCACUUGUAUGGCAACGAGAUCGAGGUCGGGCAGGCUCUCGGGGCGGCUCUCAAUGGUGGAAUUCCCGGCCUCCGGCGAGAGGACGUGUUCGUCACCUCCAAGUUUUGGUGCACCACUGACACCUCCAAGCGGGUGGAGAUGGCUCUCACGGUCUCGCUCAAGAACUUGGGGGUGUCCUACUUGGAUCUCUAUCUGGUGCACUGGCCGGUGAGCUCCCAAGUCGGGGACGCCACGGAUCCGCCUGGGAAUGCCACCACCGAGCUCAAGAAGAUGUCCCGGAGGCUCAAGUCGAUCUGGCGGGCGAUGGAGGCGCUGGUGGAGAGGGGCAAGGUUCGUGCGAUUGGAGUGAGCAACUUUGGGAUCUCGCAGAUACAGGAGGUGGUGAGCUUCGCGAGGAUAAUUCCAGCAGUCAACCAGGUUGAGCUCCACCCCUUCUGGCGUCAAGACGAGCUCGUCAAGUUCUGCCAGUCCAAAGGGAUCCACGUCUCAGCGCACACUCCUCUGGGAUUUCCUGGAGCCCGCCUUGGCAGCUCCGGCAAUCUCAGCUCCAUGGGAGACGACGAAGUGGAAACCCGGAGCCAACCCAUAGUUUUCUCGAGGUCGCGGUCUGUGCACGCUCCCAUGCUCGGCACUUCAGCGGUGGCUGUCAUUGCCAAUCGGCUCCGCAAGACUCCGGCACAGGUCAUCUUGCGGUGGGGCGUCCAGAGAGGAACGAGCGUGCUCCCUCGCAGCCUCAAGCCAGAGCGAAUCAAGUCCAACUUCGACAUACUCAACUGGUCCCUCUCGGACGAGGAUUGGAACUCGGUGAACACAAUGGAGCCGCAGCUCAGGCUCAUUGUGAGCAACCAGUCGUAUCUCGGCGAGAACGGGAGGCCACUCCAAGCCGUGAACGAGAUGGACGAUGUCGAUUUCCACUGACUAGACCCAUGGCAAAGUUUUGGCAGGACUGGAAGCUCACCUAUAUUUUUGUACAGUACACAAGCAAAAAAGAAACCAACACGAGCGAUAAUAAAUGCUUGCCACGUUAUAGGGUUUAUUGGAAUUAAAAUGCCAUGUUGAUAAUAGUCUCAUGCGGUGGAUGUGACCAUGCGUUGCCACCUUUUUAAAAGCUUAUCUUGAUCAAGCAUGCCAUGCCCUUCAGCGUGUGCCCAGAAAGACAUAGCCAUUUGGGAGCACUCUUACUUACACUAGAGCAAUAAAAGAGCUCCUUUAUACCUU